GUAGGAAAUAUUGGGCAUUCACUGUUACUGUUAGUACAGUCGACUACGAAACUGGUGACUAUGAAUCGGAACCGUUUCCAUUGCAGUAUCAUGUUUACAGCCAGGCCCUGGCGUUCCUACCAUUUUCUUUCCCCGAGUCCGCUACGGCGCUGCGGUUGACUUCGCACCUGUCCAUAGUCUCGGUGAAUAACAAUCAUCAGUGCUGCGAGACAGAGAACACACCGGUCCUUCCUAUGACCACUAUUCCUACCCAAAAACCCCUCGUGGUAAUUCUCGGCUGGCUGGGAUCCAAGCCUCGAAACCUAUUGCCUUACGAACGACUCUAUCAGCAGCUUGGCUUUCGUGUACUAUGUCACACGGCCGCACCAGCCAUGAUUGUUGAGUCCGUCUUGCAGCCGUCGUUGAAGGACCAAAUCGUGUCGCCUCCGAUUCCGUGGACGUCCUUGUCGGCAUCGACACCACGGUCAAUGUCACACUUGGCGUGGAACAUUUUGGUCGAGUGUCACCAAGCGCAUCCUUCCGCUAUAUUAUUCCAUCUCCUGUCGAACGGGGGAUGCUUCGUGUGGGAACGCAUAAGGCAGAUACUCGAUAGAACUAUACAGAAUGCUCCAAAGGAGCAACAUACUACCGAGCUGUACCACCACAACGAAAAACUCGACCAAUGUUUACAGCACGUUAAGAAUAAUAUAGCCGGGGUCGUCUUUGACUCUUGUCCUGGAGGCCAGCUCGAUGGUAUCGGGAAGGCUUUGCAAUAUUGUUCUUGGGAUGACCGAAUCCAAGCAACAUGGGCCGGUGGUUCGGAUCUCUUUAAAUUACAGUACGCUGGCACAUCCAGCUCAAUUUACCCGCAAGUACAAGCGCGGAGCCAGGAAUAUCUGGACUCAUUGCGCGACGAUUGCUGGAAUCUGCCUCAAUUGUACUUCUGCAGCGAAGAUGACGAUUUAGCUCCGUAUCCCGCCUUGGAAUCCUUGGUCCGACAUCGACAGCGGAUAUUCGGCAAAGAUCUUAUUUGGAUGCGAUCAUGGCAGUCAUCUCGUCAUGUAAGUCAUUUGUGCCAACAUCCUAAGAAUUAUGCACAAACGCUAGAAAGCUUCGUCCAACGGUGCUUGUCCGAUCAAAGUUCCAAGCUAUAA